UGACCGGAGCCGGUGCACCGAGUGUCCUCCGCUGUCUGGUGGAGGGCGGGGCUUAGAUGCAGCAAUAGGAGGAAACUACAUUUCCCAGCAUGCGGCGCGCACAACCCUGGUGCCAGAGGCCAGUGGAGCGAUGACAGCUGCGGUGGCAGGAUGGAGACGGACUCGAGCAAGCUGCUGGGAGACCAGCAAAACAGCAACUACGGGACGGUCCCGAUCUUUAGGCCCCCUUGCAUGGAGCUUUGUGGAUACUGUAAAGUAAGAUGGCGCACAGUUAUCUGUUACCUCCUCUGCGUUCUCACCCUGGGGCUUCCAUUCAUCAUCUUCCACUGGAAGCCUCGACUCUACGUCCUGGCCACCAGCCGCCGCUGCUCCCUGGCUGAAGCCGACACGCUGGUUAUUAAGGAUAUCUUUGGACAGACGUUUAUAGUGGACGUGCAGGAGGAGCAGGGAGUGGAUCCCAGCCUGCAGGUUGACAGCCAGCUGGGCGCAGCGGUGGGUGGCAGCGUGGCUCUUGCUGUUGGUGAAGAAGAUGAGUUCAAGGACACAAUUCAGCUGCAAAACAAGGAGGAGACGAACGUCCUGCGCUACUUUGUGUUUGAGGGGAUUCGCUAUAUGUGGAGGGAGCAGUCGAUGGACUUUGUGAAGGUCUGUUCACUGGAUGAAGGGUUAACAUGCGGCGAGGUUCAUAAAUUCAAGUCCGGCCUUAGCCAAUCAGAGCACAAUAGUCGGAAGUUGAUUUAUGGUAAUAAUGAAAUUGAUGUUCCUGUUAAAUCAUACGGAUACCUUCUAAUCGAGGAGGUCCUGAAUCCAUUCUACAUCUUCCAAGUGUUCAGUGUCAUCCUCUGGCUAUGUGAGAAAUAUUAUUACUUUGCCGCCUGCAUCAUAAUCAUAUCUGUCAUCUCCAUCUCCGUCUCGCUCUAUGAAACUCGGAAGCAAAGUGUCACCCUGCACAAUAUGGUGAGGAUGAUGGUGAACAUUACAGUGCGAAGGGCGAGCGGAGAGGAGCUGAUUGUGAAUUCUCUGGACCUGGUUCCUGGGGACUGCAUUCUCCUGCCACCGGAGGGGCUGUUAAUGCCGUGUGAUGCCGCCUUGCUGUCAGGGGAGUGUAUGGUGAAUGAGAGCAUGCUGACCGGUGAAAGUGUGCCCGAAAUGAAGACCCCGUUACCUGACGAACCCUCUGCUGUUGACACAGUUUACUCUUCGGAUGCCCAUCGCCGUCACACUCUGUUUUGUGGAACCCAGAUCAUACAGGCUAAGAGCUACCUGGAUAAGGAAGUCAUUGCUGUAGUCCUAAAGACAGGUUUUUGCACUGUGAAAGGAAAUCUCAUCAGCUCCAUCCUGCACCCCAAACCGAUCCGCUUCAAGUUCUACCAGGACUCUUUCAAGUUUGUCCUCGUCCUCUCUAUAUUUGCCAUCAUUGGGACCAUCUACAGUGUUGUCAUCCAUAUCACCUACAAGGAUAGCGUACCUGAUAUUAUUAUAACAGCCCUCGAUGUCAUCACUAUUAUCGUGCCGCCUGCUCUUCCCGCCGCCAUGACUGUGGGCACUAUUUACGCCCAAAGCCGGCUGAAGAAGAAAGGUAUAUUCUGCAUCAGUCCCCCACGCAUCAACGUCAGCGGCAAGAUAAAGAUGGUGUGCUUUGAUAAGACAGGAACCCUGACGGAAGAAGGCCUUGAUGUUUGGGGAGUCAUUCCCCUGGAGAACUUUAGUUUCUUGCCAAUCAUCCACGAACCUCGGUCACUCCCCGAAGGACACUUGUUAUAUUCACUGGCCGCCUGCCACUCUGUCACUCUCCUCAACGGACAUCCCAUUGGAGACCUGAUGGACCUCAAGAUGCUGGAGUCCACAAGCUGGAUCCUGGAAGACGGAGAUGUGGAUCCGCAAACAAAAGAAGUUUUUGGGACUAAAGUGCUAUCCGUGAUGAAACCUCCGAGCCUGGAGGAACAGCCUCAUGGGCCGAAACACCUGGUGCCUGUAGGGGUCCUGCAGAGGUUUCCCUUUUCCUCCAGUCUGCAGAGGAUGAGUGUCAUUGCCAAACUUCCAGGAGAUCACCUGUCUGAGCUGUAUAUGAAGGGGGCUCCAGAGAUGGUUGCCAGUCUGUGCAAGCCCGAUACAGUACCGCCCGACUUCACAGCGAUGCUUCGGCAGUAUACUCAGGAAGGUUACCGGGUUCUCGGGUUUGCCCGUAAACCUCUCCCGUCAGUGCGGACAUUUGAAGAGGCGCAGUCCAUCUCAAGAGGCUCCGCAGAACAAGGUCUUACUUUUUCUGGCUUCCUGGUGAUGAAGAACGUCCUUAAACCAGAAACUGCACCCGUCAUCUACUCUCUAAGGAAAGCCAAUAUACGGACGGUCAUGGUGACAGGGGAUAACAUGCUGACAGCCGUGAAUGUCGCCAAGAGCUGUCACCUGGUGGAGCCGGCAGAGAAGGUUUUCUUUGUGAACGCGUCCCCUCCCACAUACAGUAGCUCAGCCACCCUGAAAUUCAUUCCGUCAGAGCCAACAUAUGGAGCAGAGGCCACAGAGGGACUGUACCAGCAGGCCGGAGUGUUCCUGGACGGGGGCCCAUACUGUUUUGCGAUGAAUGGCAAAUCUUUUGCGGCACUGUCUGACUACUUCCCUGAUCUCAAGCCCAAGAUUCUUAUUCAUGCUGCAGUUUUUGCCAGAAUGUCGCCAGAUCAGAAGACCCAGCUGGUGCGCGAUUUCCAAGAUCUGAAUUACUGUGUAGGGAUGUGCGGUGACGGAGCCAACGACUGUGGUGCCUUGAAAGCUGCCGACGUGGGAAUCUCUCUGUCAGACGCCGAAGCUUCCGUCGCUUCUCCAUUUACAAGCAAACUCAACAACAUCGAGUGUGUCCCCAUCGUCAUCCGGGAGGGACGCUGCUCGCUGGAGACCUCGUUUGAGAUGUUCAAAUACAUGGCCAUGUACAGCCUGAACCAAUUCAUCAGCGUGCUCAUCCUGUAUACUUUGAACACCAACCUGGGUGACUUACAGUUCCUCCUGUUUGAUCUAGUGAUAACCACCACCGUGGCCGUGUUAAUGGGCAGGACCGGGCCUGCCAGCCAGCUGGGGAUAAAACGCCCCCUGGGCACCUUGAUCAGUAUCCCAGUUUUAGGAAGCAUGAUCAUUCAGACCAGCAUGAUUCUUGUUGUCCAGCUGUUGUCGUAUUUCCUCGUAAGAUCACAGCCCUGGUUUGUCCCUAUUAAUAGCACCAGCACCAUACCACACAAACUGCCAAAUUAUGAGAACACGGCUCUCUUCUGUGUGUCCGGAUUCCAGUACUUGAUUCUUGCUGUCAUCGUUUCUAAGGGAUAUCCUUUCCGGAAGCCGCUCUACACAAAUAUUCUGUACCUCGUGGCUCUCAUCCUGCUGUUCGCCAUCAUGCUGUGGGUCACACUUUCUCCCCUGAAGUUCAUGCUGUCUAUCCUGGAUCUCAAACCGAUCGACGACUUCAACUUUAAGUUUGUGUUAGUUGGAAUCGUGGCUGUGAACUUCAUUGCUGCCUUCAUUGUGGAGAGUGCCCUGGACCAUGGAUACUUAAACUGCAUAAGAAGACUACGAAAAAAGAAGGAACCCAAAAAGAUUUACAAGAAGCUGGAGCUGCAGCUUCAGGGACAGCACUCCUGGCCCCCUGUAAACCAGACUCUGUGCCCCAGCCACUCCAAGCACUCCAGGUAGCAGGACAUCAGCCGAGGUUGUUCUAUGUGACUGGGCUGAUUGCUGCAUACUUCAUGAAGCCCCUCCAACCCUGGAGACCGAUGAUCGUCCUGGAACAUAACAUUUGUUACCUGAUGAUGACCCCUCAGUAUGGGUGAAGCCUGACAGUGCUGCAAUAUUCGGGUGAGCUCCGUGCCAGGAUCCCCGAACUGCAGCCGGACAACCUGAUGUAAUAAAGGUGACUGGUCCAUAUUCAGAUCCCUGGUCCUGGAGUAUGAAGUAAGCAACCACAGUGAAUGCCUCACUCAAAAUGCACUAGUAAUCUACUGGAUUCAGACCGUCAGCAGGACACGCCGCGGAGCUUCACAGGAAACGUCUGCAAGGACAUAAACGGCAACGCCACUUUGCAGGAUAGUUUAGGAACCACCAACUUCAGCCGCUCAGGUUACUGCAGGGCCGUGGCCUAGAACCCUGCUGUAACCUGCAGUCAGAUCCUCAACGAACAGUGUGUCCUAGUCGCCCCAGCCGGAGGGAUUUGGAUAAUGAUUUUACAUUAGGAAAUUGCAUUUUAAGGAAUUCCUUAUGUCAUUUUGCAAAGUUCUAGGGUGGGUCUGUGUUCCCCCCCCCACUUUAUUUUUUUUAAGCCUGCAGACUGGUCCUCUUCUCACGAAUGGAAUGAUCCUGGAUAGGUACAUCACCGUUAGUCUGUGGGAUAUAGUUUCCUCUUUGUCCGAUCUGCUGAUCAUCUCCCAGGACUGUGAGGCUGCACAUCGCACUGGAAAGUCCGCCAUUCAGCAGCCAGUCCGUGGUUGUAACUGCAUAUACCAUGAAGACCUGCCCAGGAUGCAGACUGUAGCGUGCCCCCCUGUACAAUGCCUCUUUUUAAUUUAUUUCUGUUGUUCUGUAUUUCUACACUGUCAGCUGUGUAUUGUUAUUUUUCUAUGUGUCGGGGUUGCAUUUGCCCAAAAAAAAAAAAAAAAAAAACACCUUAGUCAUUCUGUU